GCGGUCGCUAUGGAGCUGUUGGGCGAGUACAUCGGACUGGAAGGGCAGCGACAGCAGCUGCGGGUGCCUUGUGAGGCGCCGGGCGUCACCGACCCAUUCCAGAGCUUGUUGUCCGGUGUGGCUCAGAUGAGGGAGCUGGUGACUGAGCUCUUCGGCUCUCAGGUACAGCCGGAAGCACAGGACCGGGGGACGGCGGCUCCCGACGAGGCCUUGGACGGUGAUGAUGAAGAUGAUUCAGAAGAUGAAAAUAACACUGAUAACAGAACUAAUUCAGAUGGACCAUCUGCAAAACGGCAAAAACCAGCUUAACUAGCUUUUAUGAAAUUUAAAAGACUGCUACCGUAUUUUAUUUUACCACACACUGACAUUUAAGGAACUUGUGCUCUAAUUUGGAAAGCGUUUGUAUUUUGCCCUGGGACAGUUUUGUCAAAGAGGAAACUUUUCUGUGUUCAUCAAAGAAAGACAUAAAUGCAUAGAAAUGAAUCCCUUUUCUUGGGUGAGAAGUCAGUUUCAGAUCAUGGAAAUAGACAUUUAAUAAUGUGUGAUAUCCAGUAAGUUGGCAACUGAAUUCUUACUUUAUACUUUUUAAAUACCCAUUGGAUUAAAUUGUGUGGUGUCCACAUGUUUUAGCUUCUGCUUCUGUUAUGGAAAUACAUGUCAAGGUUUAUGGACAAUAACAUUUCAAGGAACUGACAUGAGCGAGUGAUGAAAAUGAGGUGUUAAAUUUAAAAAUGGCAGGUGCUUCCUUGGUGGUCAAGUGGCUAAGACUCUGCAUUCCCAAUGCAGGGGGCCUAGGUUCCUUCCCUGGUCAGGGAACUAGAUCCUGCACGCUGCAGCUAGAGUUUGCAUGCCACAACUAAAGACCCAGCAUGACGAAAUGAAGACUGAAGAUUCUGCACAUGCCACAACUAAGACCUGGUGCGGCCAAAUAAAUUUAUUAGUUAAUUUAAAUUUAAGAAUGGCAAUUCCAUGUAAGUAGAAGGAAAAUGGGAAUAGUGAGAAAUAUUGAAGGGAAGGAGAGCCCUUGAGAGAGACCCAAGAAAAUCUUGAAUCCACACCUGAACUCAAUAUACAGACUUCUGGAGAUGAUACCACUCAACAGAUAGAUGUUUAACUUGUACCUUAAGAGAGUCAAAUUGGGGUGUGCUUUUAUGCUGGUGAUACGCUGUUUAUGUUAACACAGGUAUAAGUCUUUAGGUAAGCAACCUGUGUUGACUGUAACUUAAGAUAUUUCAUGUCAUUCUGUAGUCAGACUUUGAUUUUGCUUAACAAGGAACUAUCAGAUCCUUUAAAUACAUAUAUGUAUAU